AUGAGGGACUUGUCUGAGCUAGAAUAUUCUAGAGCAUUGAAGAAGUUUUUAAGAGGAAGAAUUGAAGAUUUGAGAUUAGGAACGAAGAUUCGUGAGAACUUGUGUAGGUUUUGUUUAUUGAGAAAAGAUUUUGUAUCAAAGUUUCACCAGGUUCCUACACUGAACUACUACUGCUAUUUAUAUUGUUUUGGAUCAGGAAAAUUAUAUGACUGGGGUCAGCUGAGACCUUAUAUUAUUUCCUUCAGACUUAUUCUCAAUUACAGCAGUAGUCAAUACUCAUUUACAACAACAACAUUGAUCACGAAAGGACAGGCAGCAUGUUUGGUGCUAGGAGAGUCAGUAACGGAAGCAAAUCGUGUGAAGUGCAAAGCCAUUGUUAAUGGGACACCAUUUGAUAUUGUUUACACGUCGGAGAGAGGCAACACACGACCCAUUGCCAUUGGCAAGGUAGUCGCUGAACGCGAUCCCUUUACAUAUCUUGAUUACCCUGAUACACCACCUCCUUGUCACGUUGAUUCCUCCAGCUUUAUUGAAACAAACGACUCCAGUGUACCUAACGAAAGCAGUAGCUGUGCGCUGGAUAAUGUUGAAAGCAGUUCCAGCUCGUGCAAGUCAACAGACAGUUAUAAUGUCAUUAAACCAACAAAAGCUAGUGUCAUGGACCUUCUGCGCAUCUUUUUGACAGCAAACCCAGCUAGUAGCGUCAAGAAUCUUUAUGAUCUCAAGUCAUUAACUGAGAAGGAUAUCUUCAAUCUGGUGAUAGCCUAUAUACCGAAUGUUGGUGAUUCGUUUACUGCCAACCAGAUCAACAAAUGGCUAACUAGUGAUGGAUAUUUUGGUCGGCCAAAGUCUACUCGUCAAGGAUAUGAUGUGAUCAAAGCCAGAAGUCUAUGGGUGCUGAAACCUGAAUUUAUGGGAGAUGCAAUGGAUAGAACGUUCAAUCGCAGAACAUUUCGGCAAAUGACACGACAAUUAACGGGUUGGAUAACUGUCGGUUACUGCAGGAAGUCACCAUCAAAAGAAACACCACAAAAACGUCUAGAACUAUUACAAAAAAUGGUGAAUAGUUUACACGUGAAUGACCUUUGUGAAAAAGUAUUUGUUUCGCCCAUUUGUCGAGCAAGCUCAGACCUUUUGACAAGAGAUAUAUCCCCUACUGCUACUGCCCAAAGUAUUUUGAAACAAUUGCGAUUCCAAAAUGGUGACAUGCAAGAUUUCCUUAUGUUUGCAAAAACAACGACUUCGUCCAUUCGACUGGUUGUGCUCGACUACGCUGGCCUCUCUACAAAUCCCAUUGAUGCCCGCACCUUUGUCAAGUAUAUAGAAACAGAUCUAGUUCAUGAUGACCAAGCAUAUUUAUUGAUUUCUUUCUUUCUUUAUAGGGAUGUUAAGACAAUUGAGCAAAUUGUGAUUGAUCAUGGCCACAAACUAGAGUCAUUUAAUCGAGCUGAACUGAAUAAUCGCAAGGUCAUCUUAAAAUUUGAUUGUCGCAAGGCACCUGUAAAACGAUCAAGUCUUUAG